UUUAUGCGCUUCUCUCCGUUCAAGAACAACUGACUGGCAAGCCCUAGCUACUAGCUAGCCCUUGCAUUUAUUUCGUCACUCAUUUCCCAAUUUCCCGCCUUUUACUUGGGUAUCUUCCCUCCACAGUCCAUCUCCAUGGCCGACAAGAAGCGCCGCCGUGCCGACUCUGACUCCGAUUCAGCGUCCCAGCCUUUCAAGAACCUUCUCAAAUCGGAUGCCCAGAUCCUCCAAAUCCUCAAAUCCGUCACCUCCUCUUCCUCUUCUUCCACUUCCAAACCCUUAACCCUAGCCGACCUGGCCCUCUCCGCCACCUGCCGGGAAGUGUCCGACCUCUCACUCUCCUCCGUCCAAUCCACCAUCGAAUCCCUCGUUCUCCAGCUCACCCACCAAAUCCUCUCCGGCCAAGGCUUCUCCUUCACCGUCCCUUCCCGUUCUUCCUCCAACCAACUCUACGUCCCCGAACUUGACCGCAUCGUCUUAAAAGACAAAUCCACCGUCCGCCCUUUCUCCCACAUCUCCUCUGUACGCAAAACCACUAUAACCGCCAAGAUCCUCUCUUUAGUCCAUCAACUCUGUCUCAAAAAUAUUCACGUCACCAAGCGUGACCUUUUCUACACAGACGUUAAGCUCUUCCAAGACCAGGUUCAAUCCGACGCUGUUCUGGACGACGUUUCGUGUAUACUUGGCUGCACUCGGUCCAGUCUCAACGUAAUCGCUGCGGAAAAAGGAGUGGUCGUUGGGAGACUUAUUUUUAGUGACAACGGAGAUAUGAUCGAUUGUACUAAAAUGGGAAUGGGAGGAAAAGCAAUUCCUCCUAACAUUGAUCGAGUCGGAGAUAUGCAGAGCGAUGCAUUGUUUAUUCUGUUGGUAGAAAAAGAUGCAGCUUAUAUUAGAUUAGCUGAAGAUCGGUUUUACAAUCGGUUUCCUUGUAUAAUUGUGACUGCAAAAGGGCAGCCGGAUGUGGCUACAAGGUUGUUUUUGAAGAAAAUGAAGAUGGAGUUGAAGCUUCCAGUGUUGGCAUUGGUUGAUAGUGAUCCGUAUGGAUUGAAAAUUUUGUCUGUGUACGGGUGUGGAUCGAAAAACAUGUCUUAUGACAGUGCAAAUUUGACUACCCCGGAUAUCAAGUGGUUGGGGAUAAGGCCAAGUGAUUUGGAUAAGUAUAAGAUACCAGAGCAAUGUAGGUUGCCAAUGACAGAACAGGAUAUUAAGACUGGGAAAGAUUUAUUGGAGGAAGAUUUUGUGAAGAAGAACCCUGGGUGGGUUGAGGAGUUGAAUUUGAUGGUGAAGACUAAACAGAAGGCGGAGAUUCAGGCAUUGAGUUCGUUUGGGUUUCAAUACUUGUCUGAGGUUUAUUUGCCAUUGAAGUUGCAGCAGCAGGAUUGGCUUUGAGCAGGAGAGGUAAGAACUCAGAAUGUGGAAUUUGUUGUUUAAGGUUUAUGUACGAGAACUUGGAAAUUUGUUCAAUGUUCACUUUUCGUGAAGAUAGUAAUAGUUGGAUUUCAUGUGUUGUUAUUUUA